UUGGCUGUGGUAGUUUAGGCGGGCAACGAUCCUCUACGUGGUGCAUUUUGCACCGCAGGAUGCUGUACAUCGGUGGCUGCCACGUUAUCCAUCCGCAGCGAUCCGCUGCGCUAUCCGCCAAGGUGCCGCAUUGCUUGAAAUAUGCGGCGUGACGACUUUGGAUGUUUGACAACCGUUCGUCUUCUCGAUUGGAUGACGUGGUGGCCUCGGGAUUUGUGUGGCCAGCUUUAUGCGUGUUGCAAAAUUGAGGGCAUAGGGCGAUGCGUGAUUGAUGGGAUGUGCUGCCUUUUGGAUGCCCAUCCUUCUGGUUGAAGCACCCAUCAUUAUCCGACAAGGGCAAAUGCAUUGAAAUGGCUCCACCAUGAUCAAUAAGAUCGAACGAAAUGGGUGGCGAAUGACGUAAUUGGAAAAGAAAAUAGAACGGGAGAAGAUUCAGUCUCUCUUAUUUGAGCUUUUAUUCUUUUGGAGCGAGAACGUCUCUUUAUUUAUUUACACAGUAACGAGUAGACUUAUUGAAGAUUAUAUACAACAGAUAUGCAAGGGAAGCUACUUGCAGGCCAGGACUCGUUACUAUCAGCAAAGCAUGCAUUCUAUCCAUUCCGCCCUGCAGCCGAUGCAGGUUAUUGACCUCAUAAUUGUUGCCUUUGCCUACGCGAUGGGGUAAAUUUACUGGCCGUUGGAGAAACUUGUGUGGUGUAGCAUGGAUGAAGAACUAAGAAAUCUAAGUAAUAUUUUUUUGACUAAUGAGUUGUUACGUUAAUAAUCUUUGCACAAGGGCAGACUUUCUUGUCUGGUUCUAAGCUAUGGACAAAGAUCAAAAUUCUCAGGAUGGAGAUAGGAUACCUCGAGCCUUAUCCUGAACUUGAUAUCAACUUCUUUUCUCUCUUGGCCUACCUUUACCAUCCCACCCAAGCAAGCUGUAACCAGCGAAGGGAGCUUGUCAGCUCGACAAAGUAGACCACUCGAACGCUUUCAUGAGCAAGGCGAAGUCAAAUCUUUCGUUUAAUUGUCAUAGAUUUUUUUUGAGUAAAAUCAAAGGAUCCAUUUUAAAGUGCUCGAAUGAUGUAACAAAAGCACAUGGUUCACGAGUUGGAUUAGCAUUCGUGGUUAGAGAUUUUUAAAUAAAUAAAUAAAAUCAUGGUCAGAGAUCAAAAUUCCACUUGAUCAUAAUGAGAACCAGGAUCACAACACAUUGUGAUCAGAUUAUGUCAGGUUCUAAAAUCUCAAACCACUAAUAAUUUUCUUGCUAUAUGAUUUCAUCCUCUUCAUAUUAACAAUGCACUGUCUUGCUAGAAUAACAUCCUAUGCAUUGCUUUGAGAAAAUUUAAGCUGGUGCCAAAAUGGACUUUGAAUAGUUAUACUGGUUUUGGGUUGACCAGGUACGUCCGUGAUUUGGUUCGUUGGACUUUUUGUUUAUUGGGCCCGGUUUUAGUAAUUGGGCUAGUUUUAUGGAUCAGGCUUGAUAUAACGGCUGCUUGGGUCCCCCUGCCUCUUCUUUUCUUUCUUUCUUUCUCUUUUUUUCCAUUUUCUUACUCUUCUGUAUCUAUUUCAUCUCUGACGAAAUAUAUGAUGAUCUUUUUCACAGUUUUUCUGGAAAAAAAAUGAGCUUUGACAUCAUGCUAAAUAUGAAAAUACAUAUCUGCUCGAGCAGUGGUGUGAUAGCCUAGCUUCCUUGGGCUAGUGGGCCGGCCUGAAGAGGCUGGGUCUGUUGGUGUUCGAGCAAGCCUUGUUGCAGGUGAGAGGCGGAGAAGAAGACUCCAGUUCUUCCUUCCCGAUAUCGCUGAACUCUGAUAGUUCUAAGGCAAUCCAAACACCAGCUAAACCUAGGGAUCUCAUUUAUUAAAGGUUCCCCACCUCGUCCGUUGAAAAUUAUCCACGAUAACUCGAGGAAUAGCCUCCGAUCCCAAGCUUGUCUUACGAGUUUCUCCCUUAAUUGUUCACUGAAAAAUCCACCGGAUCACCUCGCCAGACUGAGAGUCAGAGGAUGUGUAAUUUCAGAUAGGUGAGACGCGGAGUUUGAGCUGCAGAACUAUUAGUUAGUUAGUUAUUUCUAUUUUUCUAAUAUCGAUGAACAUCUGAAUCUUGUAAUCGAGCAAGUUGGUUAUUUAAUUAUAGUGGUUUUAUCGGAUUAAAUUGAUUAUUAAUUAUUAUUUUAAAUUUUUGGUAUUAUUUAGAUAUUGUUCAUUUUAGGUCUUGCACGAUCUUUACGGCUUCGUUUUAGGAAUUAUGUUGCGUCAUGUGGUCUACCGAAUGACAGGUUCGGGGCGUGACAAGUGGUUCCACCUUUGCAUCAUUACCACAAUGGUGAAUUUUUGCGUUGGUUUAGCUCUUGCCCUGUGGUACAAUGGGAAGAAUAUAUUGAGAAAGAGCACUAACGGAGGCUUUGACCAAGGAGCUGAAAACAUACCAACAAAUGCAAGAUGACAAGGGAGCAGUUUAGAGAGAUAUAUAGGAAGUAAUAUGGAAAUAUUCCGGGGGAAAAAUGAAUAGAGGAAGGUAUAAACUAACCCUUAGCGAUAUUGGGAGACACAGCCACCGGCCCAGUGUCAGGGCCAAAACAGGGCCUGAUGUUGCGGUCAAGGGUUCCUAGAAGUUGGUGUAAACUAAAUUAAGCAUGACUCCUUUUAAAUGAAGUGUAGUCUUGUUAAUUAAAUUUCCUAUAGAAGUAGUUCAGCUCAUUUGUUUCAAUUGGUUAGUCGCCAGUCGCCACGGUCAUGUCUGUAGACCUCAUGCUGCCGGCCAUUGUACUAGGUCAUGGACUAGUAGAAAUGUCUCAACUAAUUGUUGUAGUUUUCUUGUUUCUCCAAAUGGACAUUUAUAAUGGGACCUAAUAGUCACUAAUAACCUACUCCUCUCUUACUUCCAAAUUCCAGUAGCAACAAAACUUACUACAAUCAUGGAAGAAUUAUGGACAAGAAUGAAUUGUAAAGAACGGUUCAAGAUAUCCAUCCUAAUGACUCUUGUGAUGACAAGAAUAACGAAGCAAACAGAACUCUUGAAGACCUUGCAAGUACUAUAAUGGACGCAGUAGAAAUUUAUAAUGGGAAACAAGUUGCUGGCUGAACUGGGAAUUAUAAUUAGAGAACCGACAAAUCUCUUAUUUAAAAAUUUAGCCAGGCGUCACGGAUUGCAGCUCAAGAUGUAAACCCUUUCUCUAUAAAGUUGUGGGCGUGAGGAUGGUAAUACAUUGCUUCUAAGACGAGGUUCCCUUUCCUCUUCGUUUGCGUCCGUAAGAGAAAGAUGAAGUUUUACUUGCUCCUCUUAGUGUCGAUGUACGUAGCUCUUGUUCGGCUUCAUGGCCAAGGAGUCGCGGCAUGGCCGGUCACAGACCCUACGGAUGGUUUCAUCUCUCUCCCUCUCAACAGCUCCAGCUUCGACAUUCACAAACCUUAUGACCUCCCUGUGAGCGAGCGAUACAGCGUCACCAAUGGUGUUCACAAGCUGUGGGUCCUGUCUGCUGACAAGCCCCUCUCUCCAAUGAGUCCGACUGCUCCUCGUUCUGAGAUUCGGAUACGUGGAUAUGACUACUCUUCUGGAGUGUGGCAAUUCGAAGGACAAGCUUACGUCCCAAGCGGGACAACCGGUGUGUGCAUCAUGCAAGUCUUCGGAGCCAAUCGGACGAACACAGCUACAGCACUGAUGCUGAGGAUCUACGACGGUGCACUCAUGUACUAUAAAACACGGCUCAUAGAAGACGAUAUCUAUGGGAGAUGGUUUCGAGUGAAUGUGAUCCAUGAAGUUGGUACAGGGCUGCUAAAGGUUUUCAUUGAUGGAGAUCUGAAGCUGGUUGCAAAAGACCGUGGAGGGGCCUCGCAUUACUUCAAGUGUGGCGUUUAUGCACAAAAUUACAGCUCCUACUUCAUGGAAUCCCUGUGGAAGGACAUCAAGGUCUUAAAGUUUCCUCACUGAGCUGAAGCAUAGAAGCUACUCUGUUUGAGUUCGAGGGAGAAAAUAAUGACUCUGUAUUAGUUUUGCUUCCUUCGAAUAACAGUUUGUAGCUCACAAUAAGAUUCCUGGUCUAGUAUCCUUUGUCUUGGUUAGAUUGGUCGAAU